UUAACAACUUUACAGCUGUGAAGGCACUAAUAGGCUACAUAGCUUUUCAUGUUAGCCUGCUCAGGUUCUUCCAUCAAUGGAUAAAGACUCGUUCGUUAUAUUCGUUAACAGACAGGUGUGGAAGAACAAUAAUACCUUGCCAUAAUUCUGUGAUAAUUUGUUCUCAAGUUUCCGUCAUUUUUAGUGCUGCAAACAUAACGAUUGUUUACGUUUAACUGGAAGUUUCGCCCACAUUGCUCGCAAAGCGUCAUGGGACUCAGGAAUAUUGUGGAUACAUUUGUACUGAAAGCCUCGUUGCUUCAGAAAGCUUCAUUUUCCCAUCAUGAGGUCGAUAGGAUCAGUUGCGGUGACUGCUGGGACUUGAGGGUGCAAAGCGGGCACUCGUGAUCACCCCUCGGAAUGCUAAAAUGUCAUAUGGGACACCCUACAGUCUCGUGGACUUUGCAGGAACGCGCAAAUGAAGGCCAUGAAACCGCGAGUCCACAUCAAGUAUGCCAUUUGGGACAGGGCCAUUAUGGUCUAAAGGUGCCGCCUUGUGGUGGAAUAAUGCAAGGACACCACAUAUUGUGUCAACACCUUGUGUCUGAAUAAAUGAGUCGAAGGAGCUGAAUAAUGUAAAAAGAAAAAAGAUCUGCCCCACCUAUAUUUGUGGUCACAAGCCACUACUGUGUUCAUUUCAUUCUCGCUCUCUAUUUCUCUCGUCCUGCUAGAUAAUUUUUCAAUGUUCAUUGGUCAAAAAGUCACUAAAUUUAGUGACAAAGACACUAAGCUGGCAACAGUGGAAAUAAUAGGUCAUCCAGUUUUAUGAAUACUGUGGAUUCGGACACACUACUCAAUUGGCAUACUGUUUUUGGCAUACUAUGUAGUAGGGAAGUAUUGAUAUUCGAACGCAGCAACAGGCCUAUGUUUAUUUUUAUUUUUAAAUUAUGUGAUAAUUUCUUAAUGCAUAUUUGUGUUCAUUGUUUUUAUUUUUAAUAGUUAGAUUUAUUUUUAGUUUUAAAUAUUUAGUUGGGCUGAUAUGGCAUAUUCCUGCAAUUGUAAAUUGUUUAAACUAAUAUUGUUUUGAUAUUAAAAGCUAUUCUAUUCUAAUCCUAACUGCUAAUAUUUGGUGAAAAAAAUUACCAGACAAAAAAAUUAAAAUAAAUACAAAAUAAAAAUUCAGAGAUGCACGUUGAUGCAUGCGAUGACAAACGUACGGCUGCAAGCGUCAUUACGAAUCAAAGCGCCUGAUUUUAGAGUUAGACUGUUAACCAAGUAGCACUGACGUAUAUUUCGGCGUGAUAUCCCGAAAAUAUAUAACCUUCUGUCGAUAUAUGUUUCAUUUCCAUCUGUGUGCUCAUGGCAUCAUCUUCAGAGGAAUGCAGGUUUUUGGAUGAUUUAAAGAGGAAACGUGUUAAAAUAACGCUGUUAGAUACACAAGUCUUUGGCGUUAUACAGCGCAUCAAUUUAAACAAGACAGUCAUUUUAGAGGACGUGUCAGAAGUGAAAAGCGGGAGAAAAUUUCAAGGUGUCAAACUCUUUUUCGGGCAAGAAAUUGUUAAAGUGGAAUUUCCCAUUUCCGCGAAUCAAGACAACCCGUUCAUUGUUGAUGAUGAGAACAAGUCAAAUAUUCAGUCCGGGAACAGGAUAAUGCUGGAUGAUUAUGAACAUGAGGACUGCAUCAACUAUAUAGUGAUAGAUGAGCUUCAUGAGAAGUUUGGCCCAGCGGUUAUGCACAUCCAAGAACAAGAUGUGAUUGGGAUUGGAGCUGACGUAUUUGGACAAACUGAACAAGAGCGGCUUUGUUGGUUACAGGUUGCCACUAAGAACACAGUGUACCUCUUUGAUGUCCUUUUGCUUGGUGGAAGAGCUUUUAAGAACGGACUGUCCAUGAUUCUGGAAAAUCCCCACAUGCUGAAGGUCAUUCAUGACUGCCGCUGUGUUGCCAGAUGCUUAAAAGCACAGUUUGGAGUGAACCUUACUAAUGUGUUUGACACACAGGUAGCUGAUAUCAUGCUUUUCUACAAUGAAACCGGAGGCUUCCUACCAGACAGGGUCAGCACUCUGCAAGAGGUGGUCCGACUUCACCUAAAAGUUCCCAUAAUUGACCUCUUUCCUCUCUGGACCAAAGAACAGCAAACUAAGGAGAAGCCAGAGGUGUGGUAUAUGCGUCCUUGUCCACCUGCUCUGUUGAAGGUCAUGGCUGUAUCAGUCCUUCACCUGCUCCCUCUGCGUCUAGUUUUAUUGGAUGCCCUUAUGUCAGACUACACCAUCUUGGUAGAUUCCUACAUGGACACCUGCCACAACAAAUCUGUUAGUACGCUGCAUAUUGGCAAGCAGACUGGAAUUGAUCUCCCCAAAGAAGUACAAGAAUUGAAUGCAGUGAGGAAGGAACGACUGGAGUGGGCAACUCAUUGCUAUUCUGUUACCAAUGAUGGUUUUCUGGAACGCUCCAGCUUUAGGCCCUCUCUGCACUCCGACCCACACAACACAAAGUCUGCCUGUCCUGAGCCCUCUUCAGACACUGCAUGGCCUGAAUGAAGAUAUGCCAUCACAAAAGGCCCUUCUUUUAUGGGGGGUGAAUGUUCAUUUACACUAUUAGACAUGCUGUUGAUUUAAGGUUUAUUAGACUGCAUGGUCCACAAGUGGUUCAAGAUGAAAGAAAUCAAUCUAGCAUAAAUAUAGCAAUUUUCAUGGUUUUUGCAACAUGUUCUAGGCACUUAAUGGCAAUUAAAUUGUUUCCAUUAAUUUAAUGCACUGUAUACUUGUAGUCAUAUAACUUCCAAAAGCAAUUAUCUGAACUUUUUUUUUUUUUCUCUCAUCCAGCCUUUAACUAAUGUCACACACACUUCUAAUGGUAAAAAAUACAUAGAUUAAAUAGCUUUGGUCAUAUAACUAGGAAUAUUAAACAGUUGCCAAUAUGUAUAAGAAAAAAAAUCUAACAAUGAAGUAUUUCCUUGUGCUCUUGAUCGAAUUUACAUAAAAAGUAUGCAAUUCAUCAAGGGGAGUAGCAAUGUCUUAACGAUUUCAUACUGCAAUUAUGUUCCAAAGACACAAACAAUGAGACCAUGCUUUAUUUCUACUUGCGAUAAGUGCAGUCAUAAAUGAUAAUUCUUUUUUUUGUUAAUGUUUUAAUAGUUAUUUUUGGUUCUGAAUGGUAGCAAUAUCCAGAUAAUUAUAAAGUUAUUUCAAGAAAACUUUAAGUUAAUGCUAAGUCAUUGUGUAUUUUGGUUGUUUUUAAGAAAACAAAUGAUUUUCUAAAAAAUCAGAAAUAUAAAUAUUUGUAGAGUAAUAGCUGGAAUUAAGUAUUGUUAAUGAAUUCCAUUGUUGGAAGCUGAUAAAGCUAAAAUAUAAUUGUAACAAAUAAAACAAUGAAAGAUCAUUUAAAACUUGUUGGCAAACAAACAAAAAAUAUAAUGCUGCAACCAGCAGUUAUGGGGCUAAGCAUGUGCACUUACAGUAGGGGUGAAAACGGGGUUACAGUGAUAUCAUGUAGAUAUAGGGGCAAUAGUUAUAGGGCACAGUUUGUCAACCUAUGCAAAUACUUCUGAGACAACAAGAUGCUUUUUUUUUUUUUUUUUGUAAGAUUAAGAUCAUGCUUAUUCAAAACAAACACUUCAGAAAAGGGGGCAUAAUUUAUUGUUCAUUUCAGUCGCAAUUGACAUUUCAUCACAUCUUAAGUAUUCUACAAACAAAUUAAGCUCCAUUGUGACUGAAUCAUUCAAUGUGAGCCCACUUUGAAAAAUGUUCAAUACCAAACUAUUCGCCUCACUAAAGAAAAACAAAAUCAAAACAAAGAAACACUAAAGAAAAACAAGGUGUUUAAUAGGGGCCUUAAGACCCUGCAACAGGGGCUUUUUACCCUAAAUGCUAUCCUUUCACUUACUGGACAGUUAUUGCAUUUUUAUUUUGACUAUCACCUUGAAUGUAAUGGAAAAUGACAAAUAUUUUAUUUCAAAAUAAAUGUUAUAAUUUCCAGGAUAUUCAUUAGCUACAUACAUUUACAACAUUUAAAAUAAUAUUAAAUAUUAGAUCAAAUUGCUUUCAAAUCAUCUUUCAGACAUUACACACAGUGAUCUCAUGGAAGAGGAAAAAUGUGCAGUUCAUAGUUACAAACAGGUAUUUAGGAAAGUGCUGUGAUAAAAAUACUAAUUAUUGUUUUAGGAAAAAAUGAAAUCAAAGAAGCCUUUUAACCCGCAGAGCCUUUUGCCCCAUUGUACCCUACACUUACUACAUGGACAACACCUUAGCUUGAUGGGGGUUAUAAUAAUAAUAAAUUUUAUUUGCCUUUCACAGCACUUAAGGACACCUUACAGAAUAACAAGUAGUGAAAAGCAACAAUUUAACUAAUAAGCAAGUUAAAAUGCACACAAAACAGCAAAGCACACAGUUAAACCAAAAAUGUAAUAAUAAAAAAUAAAACUGUAACCUAUAUAAAAUAACAUAAAAAUGUUAGUUGUAUAAUGAAUACGUUUAUUUACAGUAAAUGGGUGGGGUUUUAUCUGGGACUUGAACUGUAAAAUAGAAUCCUGCUAUCGAAUAAAACGUCAAGUUCUGCAUCACUGAAAUAUGGUGCGCAUUUGUUCUUAGCGUCUGUUUCCAUGGUGACUCAUAGAUUUGGUGCUCUGCUGAGAAUGUCUUUCUGAGUUCACCGUGAAUGUGCCUGAACUGUGAGUUGAGGGGCCGUUUACACGACAACGUUUUCAACUGAAAACGGAAAACUUUUUAUGCGUUUUGGCUGUUCGUUUACACGACAAGGGCGUUUUAGGGCCUGAAAACGAAAACUUUUGAAAAUUGGCUUUCAAAGUGCAAGUUUUGGAAAACGAUGCCAUUACCGUCUCCGUGUAAACAUACGAAAACGCGAAUUUGUGAAAACGAUGACAUCUUGCGCACGCGUAUUACGUGUUAUAUAAAGAAUUAUGGAUUGAUAGGCAUCAGUUUGAGAUGUAUAAUUAUCAAUAUGAAUACUGGUGUCUGUGCAAAUAACAAUCAA